GUCAUCUCCUACAAGUUUGUCAUGUAGAUAAUGGGUGUCAGUCAUGGAUGUUUUUAGCCUGUUUUGCCUCGUGAUAAGCAUCGUACAUGCACAUGGAAACUUUUAGAUUAAAUAUUUUAAGUUAGUAGACAGAAGAUGCCAACGUAAGGUGGCAAGUAAACCAUCAGCAUCCAUCUUCGCAAGAGAAUGAGAUCCCUCAGUUUUGUUCAGCGCAUUAGUUUAGACUUCACGGGCUCGCUCUUUCCUCAUGCAAUAUGUUUAGGAGACGCAGACAACGACUCGCUGAACGAACUAGUCGUGGGCGACACGAGUGGGAAGCUGUUUGUCUACAAAAACGAUGACUCCAAACCCUGGAUAACACGGACGUGCGUGGGCAUGUUAACAUGUGUGGGAGUGGGAGAUCUUUGCCACAAAGGAAAAAACCUGGUGGUGGCUGUGGGUGCGGAGGGCUGGUUCCAUGCCUUUGACCUGAGUGCAGCAGCGGGGGCCAAGGGCUCCGCCUCCGACUCCUCCAGCCAGCACGAGGGUCUGCUGUGGGACGAGCCCAAGCCCUGCUUCACCCAGCACAUCCCCGCCAACACCAAGGUCAUCCUCAUCAGCGACAUCGACGGCGAUGGGCGGUGUGAGCUGGUGGUGGGCUACACAGACCGCGUGGUGCGGGCCUUCCGCUGGGAGGAGCCGUCCGACUCGUCUGACAUGAGCUCAGGACAGCUGGUGCUGCUGAAGAAAUGGCUGCUGGAGGGACAGGUGGACAGUCUGUCAGUGACCCCGGGUCCCGAGGGGCUGCCGGAGCUGAUGGUGUCCCAGCCGGGCUGCGGCUACGCCAUCCUGCUGUGCUCCUGGACCCAGGAGGGGGCGCCAGAGGGCACGGAGGACGAGGGAACAGCUCCCUCUGCAGGCGAGAACCCAUCCAGGGAUGUGAAUCUCCACCUGACCACUGGACGCAUCCACAACAAGAACGUCUCCACACAUCUCAUAGGGAGCAUACGUAGAGGUUCCAAAGACGACUCCUCUAAAUGUGGCCUGUUUGCUCUCUGCACUUUAGAUGGUACACUGAAGUUGAUGGACAGCACUGAGCAGCUGCUGUGGUCGGUGCAGGUAGAUCAUCAGCUGUUUGCACUACAGAAACUGGAUGUCACUGGUGACGGUCGUGAGGAGGUGGUGGCGUGUGCAUGGGACGGCCAGACCUACAUUAUUGACCACAACCGCACCGUUGUCCGAUUCCAAUUUGAUGAGAACGUCAAUGCCUUUUGUGCAGGUCAGUACACCUGUAAGGAGGGCCGCAACAGCCCGUGCCUGGUCUACGUCAGCUUCAACCAUAAGAUCUACAUCUACUGGAAGGUGGAGCUGGAGAGGAUGGAGCCCACCAACCUCACCAGAGUUCUGGAGGACAAGCCCCAGUACAGGGACCUGAUGCACACACUGGGAGUCGACCCUAAUGACUCUGAGGCGGUGAGGAAGAUGAUUGGAGAUGUGCUGUAUGGGAAGAGUCCUCCAAGCCCCCCACCCACGUCGACGACCUCCGAUGACCUCUCACCUGAUCACUGACCCCUCACCCCUCACCCUAUUGGCUCAUCUGUAAAUAUGAAUCCCAUUCAUCAAUAAAUAAAUAAAGGACCACUC